UGUUUAUGUUAUUUUUAAAUUUUUACAAACAAGAGGAUACCGAUUAGAUUUAUGUAAUACGUAUAUUGCUACUUACUCGGUCGCCAUGAUCGACAGUGCUUCACCGAUCACCAAAAACAAUCUUAACGUAGAUUCGCUAAACUCGUCGGUGAAUACUGUAAUUAUGAUUGUGGUGAAGUACAAGAAGCGUUUCUUGUCUGGACAAAAGUUCGUUUUGUACUAAUUCAGGGUACAACUGUCCCCCGAAUCGCAAGAUCUCGGUUCUCGUGCUUGGUCGACAAAGCGAGAAGUGUCGCGAUCGUCGACCAGUCACCACGCUGUGAAUCAGGAGCGGAAACGUUAGAACUCAGCAGGGUGGAAAUAUGCAAUUAACAUCCGUUACGAGCAACUCGAGUGCGAUUUUUCAGUGUUACUGUAUAGUUUGUCGUGUCAUCAUGCAGAAAUCUCUGUGCAUCAUCUGCGUCUACGUUGUAGCGAGUUGUGCUGCAACCUUGCCGGAGAAAAACGAUGGUGUCCUGGACAAGAUUAAGGUGGGCCUGGAGUACGCCACGAAUUAUUUGGAGACUGCGAAAGACAUCGCCGAUUUGGUAGCCAGGAGUUUGGGUCGUAAGCAGAAAGAGAAGCUCGGAGAAGACAGCGACACGAAGGAGAAAGGAAGUUUCUUGCCCUCUGACAUCAUGUCAGCGUUUUUCCGGCUGGUUGGGCUCGACUCGCAGAAAGUUACAGCGAUCGCCGUGAACAGUGUCAUAUUCCUCGCGCAAAUGAUAAGUUCGAUGUUCGGGUUGAAUCCUCCAAAGGGAAACAUCGCGAGGGAUUUAGACGACGAGGACGAAGCUUCGUCCUGGAAUCCUGCAAACAUAAUCAUGGAGAGCAAGAACGAGAGAAUACAAAAGUUGAUCGAGCAGGCGCACGACGAGAAUCUGCCCAGCGAGUUGAUCGAAAGGGUGGACGGUGUCGAUUCUGCCUGCAUCAGAUUGUUGCUGUGCAAAACAUCGCCGGUGAUUAGAGCAGCCCAGAGCUUCCUGAAGAACAAAACUCGUAGCAAAUCUCGACGAAUGACAUCAUGGCUGCCCAGCAGAGACGAAUUCGAGGAAAACAGCGAUCACUGCGAAAACACGCACCCUGAUUGCAGUUUAUUUGCGUAGGGCCAUGGUUUAUUUAACAUUAUUCGCUGGCAGGUUGUCAAGUACGUGUCAACGAUGUUCGAGAAACUUCUGAGGAGAGUUAAAAUUAAUCUACAUAAUUACUUUCGUUGCUUUGUCUGUCGGAAAUGUGACAAAUAAGAGGCAGAGCAUUCGUUUGUAUAGCAUAUAUAUUUGCAUCCAUACAAAUAUAUACUACAUAUAUUACAGAAUAUACAAGGUACAUACUCCAAAAAUUAAUUUACUGAAUCUUGUACGUCGUAAUACCUCCCGUAUAGUACGCGUACGCGUCGACGAACGAAAAAAGAAAAAGCAGAGUGAAUCGCGAUGCAAAUCCUCUCAAAGUAUGUAUCGUUCAUUUAAAUAAACUCCGCCGAAUGAAGUUUGGCCGUACGCUUCACGCUUCCGCCAUCGCCAGGAUGGCUGCACGAGUUUUUCGAAUAAAAUUAUUUCGCUCCUUGUCAGACAAACCUCGCAAACAAUGUGUCACCCUUCUUCGCCAUCGUGUUCCGCGAAACUCGUUGUGCGAGGAACUUAAUAUCAAGUGACGUAACAAAACAACGCAAUCGAGUCGUAAAAUGGAUUCUCGCUAUUGCACUAUGCGCGAAGCACCAUUCGAACAGUCGACGAAACAAACGGAGGGAAUGUCGAACGUAACACCCUAAUCGGAAAUGGGCGAUAUUCUUAGCUAGAUAAAAACUCUGAUAACAAGGGAAAGGUAAACGACAUCUUACGCGUUACUGCUUCCAUAAAAAUUGGAACGAAUAAAAACUUAUUUAAUUAACACUUCAAUUAAAUGCGCUACGUUCGAUUGCAUUCGUCGAUAUAUCGAUCGAAUAAAAUUCUGCUCAGCCUCGAUCGUGACACGUCGAUACGUCGAACGACAAGCGUUGGCGGUACGAUCGUUCACGAGGAAGAUACUUGUACGAUUCGCAAAGGACGGUACUAAUAUAAAAUCUCUACACUCUGGAACCUUCGUAGGGAUUGUCGAGGACGUUCGCGAGCUCGAACGUCUCGGGGAGAGACUCUACGAUUCCAAAUAUCGACCCAACGACUCUAUUGAUACAUAUUACUUUUUAACGGUACGAUUAUCGUCCUGUCCGAACAUCGAUCAACGUCAGGACGAUCGCUAAACGGAACUUAGUCGAAUGAAGUAUCAAAGAGGACAGUAACAAGAAAGAAGGAACCGUUUACUUAACAACUACGUGGAAACAAGGUACAUCGCAAAAGUUGCUUCGGGGGAACUUCUAGGGUAUAGUUACCCGUCAAAAAUUCAGUUAAUUAUGCGCGAGUCACAAGGGAUGGAGUCCCUGACCGCCCUAUACUAUACAUCUAGUGAGAUCAGGAUUAUUGCGAGCUAAAUGCACCGGGGUCGAAGAUCGAUUGAACCUCUAAAAUCGUCUGGAAUUGGUACGGUGGAAUAAUUAGUCGCCUCUGGGGAAUAUCGAUCGAACCAGAAGCGUUUGGCAUACACCGCCUGUCUACUUUCCCUGUAAAUAUCGUGGUACGCGUAAUACGAUUAAGAAUGUCGAUAAUUAUGAAAUUUUGGCAUUCGAGAGACAUCAUAUCGUGGUGAUCCAGAGAUGGGGAAAAGUCACAUCCUGAUCAAGGUUUCUAUUCGUAUUCUAAGUAUUUUGAUAUCGUUAUACUUUCUUCCAUCAAUGCACGUCGCGAGUAAAUCCCUGUACUCUGGUUUCAUUCGUUGUCUGUCGUCGAACGAAAUUUUCCCCAUCUCUGGUAGAGCAUCGCACGCGCGCAGGAGCUUCGAGUCCCGAUCAAGUGGCCGAGAAAUCAUCCCGUGACCUCCGUCGUUCUAUGCGAUUGUAAAACGCGUUCAAUGGCUCGCGACGAUGAGUAUACAAAAGCUAAGACACUCUAUUUAAUAAGUUUGAUUCAGAUUAUCACAUGCGUU